UUCAAGUUAAAAUAUUACAAGUUGGAAGUCAUUCAUAGGGUGAGCCAGUCAUAUAUGUUCAAUUUGAAGUGAAAAUGAAAAACAUUUACUGAAUGACAAUAUUGUCGAUUGCUUCAAAAUACUGUUAAUUCAAACGAAAGUCUCCAAUCUUGUUAGCAUUUGUUGGCGUUGAAGCACACUGUUUGAAAAUUGCUAGUUGACGAGUUGUAACGAGUAAUUUGCAGCAUUUUGUUUUUAAUUGUCAUUUGUGAAUAAAAAUGAAUUCAUUAAAAACUGAUGAUAAACUUACAAUAGUGAAUGGUACAAUGGAACAUCGUAUUAGUAAAAAAAUAAUUCGCAAAGUGCCUUAUUUUGACAGAAUGUUGAGCCAUGAUCUAUUAGAAUCAAAGGAAAACAAAGUUAAACUAGAUUUCGAUGAACGAGCUCUCAAAUUGAUCCUUAAUUGGUUGGAAUUCGGUCUUAUUUUCAUUGAAAUGGAUAACGUAAUAAACUUGUGCACCAUUGCUGACUAUUUUGGUGUCAACAAUUAUUUGAUAGAUGAUUGUAUAAGUCAUUUUCAUGACAACUUUUCAAUUGAACAUCUACCUGUCGUCAUACCACAAGUUACUCAAACAUCUAAAUUAAUAAACUCUGGUGCUCUGAAUGCUUUCAUUCGCCGUUACUUCAUGAAGAUAGCAAAUACAACUGUUUGGCUGGAUUAUCCUAUUGAAACCAUUGCAUAUAUUUGCAAGCUUGACCUGAUGAUCUACUCAGAAAUCCAAGUAUUCGAUUCGAUCAUGAAAUGGAUCAAUUUCAAAGCUGACUCUAGAAAGUGCUAUCUUAAAGAAUUGUUCAAGUUGAUCCGAUGGUUCUAUUUAGAAGAUAAGGAUUUAUCGAAAAUCAAAGAAAAUGAAUUGGUUAAAUCUUGUAACUUUGAGCUAGAAUUAUGCUCGCAUGAUAGUUCUAAUUGUAAUUAUACCAUUGACCGAACUAAACAAAGUUAUUUUGUGGUACUUGAAGAAUCAGAUGACAAAGAUUUGCGAGUCAAAGUUCUUGAUCAUAAUUUCAUACCGUUGAUUAAUCGCGUAAUUCAAUCAGAUGAAUCAAUGCUUUUGAAUCUCCUUCAUGAUGAACAUACUUCUGAUAUAUUCUUUGAUUCUGGAAGGAAAAUGAUUCGAAUCGAUUGGAAGCAGAAUAAAUAUCGUUUGCUAAAAUAUCUAACUCUGAAAUCAUAUUAUCCUAAAAUUUAUCGAUGCUUUUUCGAAGAUCAAAAAAGUGAAGCAUAUGGCAAGGAGAUGUUGCCUAAAUAUUAUGGAGACCACAAGACUAAAGGAUCACUUGUCGAAGCUAACGACAAGUUUAUUUUGGUUUGUCAUCAUGAAUAUUGGCUCAAAUGCUGGACAAAUCCAACUACUGAAAUCAUCAAUUCUCACUUUGAUGACACUGGAUACACAUACCUGACAACUGUUCUUGAUAACAGUAUUUACAUGAUAAAAAAUAAUUUUGAAUUCUUCCAGUUCAACAUUGAUAGUAAGCUUGAGUACAAGAAGGUGGAAAUUGAUAGAUUAAAACAUUUUAAAAUCUAUAAUUUACUUUUAACUUCCAACCUAGCUUGUGAUGAUAAAGUAAUCAUCAUUGACAAGUCUACAAAAGCUGUCUAUUGUUACAAUGUUGAAACUGACAAAUGGAGUUCGAUGGGUCGAAUCAGUAAUUGUGAUAGCGAAUCUGCUGAUGGUCAAAGAAUAUCUGAUCAGCUUUUAACUUUUACCUCAACGCUUCUAUCGAUGGACACUAUUAAAUCUACCAUGAACAUGAAUUGAAACCUACGUUAUUCGCCACCGACGACGGCGAACGUGAAAGCUAGCUUAAGUAUGAGCUAAUUAUUGAAAUACUAGAUCAUUCAAGAUUAUACAAAAUUGGUUAUAGCAUUGACAGAUUUUAUACUUGAUUUAUACAAAUGUAAAUGGUUACUCAAACACAAAUCUUAUCAUGUUAUCUUGUUAUCCUA